GCCCGGCUAACAAACAUGAAAACUUUCAACGUGAUUACUGUGAUAAUUCUCACUGUUUCCAUAAGCUUUUGUGUAGCAGACAAACAUAUCUACAAAACGUUUCUGCACAGAUCUAGUAAAAUAUAUCAUGAAGCCGUACUGAUAGACAGCAUAACCAGUGAACCGAAAAGCUAUACGAUCAUUUUCAAAUACUUCGGCUCGUUUCUGAAACCGGUGACAAAAAUUGAAUUCGACGUCAAUUCACCCAGUACCGGUAUUAUACAUGCUAUUAGCGGAAAUCAAAAACAUCCUUACUUUGACUUCACAUUACCUGUUGCCCAUUAUUUUGCGAAAAUUACCAUCAACGACACGACGAACGUGACGGCAACUAUGAAAAUGUAUGGAUCAAAUAGUAGUAAAUACCUUGACAUGGAGGCAACAAAAAGUAUGACUAUCAUACACUCGAAAAGUGCAAGAUCGGCGCAAAGGCCAUUCGGUACUUCGAUGGGUAUGCGACUGAAAGGCGAUGAAUUGAUACAUUUCAAGAGCCGCAACGUCACAAAUGCAAGUCGUUUUCCAAGCAGAUCCUUUGAAUAUUCUGGUACAGAUUACAUUACGUAUGUGGCGUUUUCGUUCAGUUCACCUACAGCAAUGGCCCUAAUUAAUGGAACGUACAUCGGCGAAAGAGAAUUCAAUUCAGUUGUUUAUGACUUGAACAGUGAGCACUUUGUGGCUAACAUUUCAAUUUAUGGCAUAAAGAAUGCGGGAAAAUCACCUGAAGAUCGUGAAGGUUUAAUUAGUUUUCUGUAAAAUGCAUCUUGAGUUCAACAAAAAAAAAAUUGAACUCGAACAUCCGGAUGGAUAUCCAUCUUAAGAUUAGAAUACAAAAUUUCCAUUGAACAGUGUGUAGAACUUUCAAUCCACAAAUGGUAAAAUUCCUUUUUUGUGUAGCACUUUAUGAGUUCAUGAUCGU